AUGACAGUAGAAGCCAUGGCAGAUCCCGUACCAUCACAAGCGGCUGUUCCUGCCGAUUCAGGCGUAUCUUCGUCUGAUAUGCUCUUCUUUUACCAAAGAUUACUUCCUUUUCGUCAAAUUUUUCAAUGGUUGAAUCAUUCACCAAAGCCUUCAAAAGACUUCACUAUGCGUGAGUUUGCAUACGAGUAUAGAACUGGCGCAUAUCAGCGUUACAACUCGUUCUCCAAUCUCGAAGAAUUCAAAAAGUCAGUGGUUCAAGCAAAUCCUACAAGAUUUGAAGUCGGUGCGGUUUAUUCUGUCAACCCCAAAGAGAGGAAACGGCUUCCCAAACAGGCUCUCAAGCCACUUGCAAAAGAGUUGGUAUUCGAUAUCGAUUUGACAGAUUACGACGAAAUUAGAACCUGCUGUUCGGGAACCGAUAUCUGUAAGAAAUGCUGGCGUUUUAUCCAGGUUGCAAUCAAGAUUCUCGAUGCCGCGUUACGAGAAGAUUUUGGGUUCAAUCGCUUAAUAUGGGUAUUUUCCGGAAGACGUGGUGCCCAUUGCUGGGUCAGUGAUGCCCGCGCACGUUGCCUUGAUGAGACAACUCGAAAAUCCAUUGUGGAAUACCUAGAUGUGUUGGGAUCUCGACUGAAUCGCCAAGGCAAGAAUCUGCUCAGCUUGAAGAGACCAUUCCAUCCGCAUGUUGAGCGCUCAUUCGACCUUCUCAAAAACGAGUUUGUCGAUAUCAUACUCAAGGAACAAGAUCCUUGGAACACAUCAUCAAGCGAGCCCUCCGACAAAAGUUGGGAACAAGUCGAAACUCUCCUUUCUUACGUGCCAGAGAAGCCUCUCCAGGAGGAACUUCGUCGCAAAUGGAAACUGCAGACAUCGGUUUCCACCUCCAUGUCAAAAUGGGAGGACAUAACCGUGAUUGCAAAAAAGAUACUCAAGCACCAAAACCAAGUUAACGCUCUCAAUGAAGCAAAGAAGGAUAUCAUUCUCUUCUACAUGUACCCACGUUUGGAUAUCGAGGUGUCCAAGCAACUAAUCCAUCUUCUUAAAUCUCCCUUCUGUGUCCACCCUAGCACUGGAAAUAUCUGUGUACCCUUCGAUCCUCAUCAUAACUUGUCGAAUAACGAAGAAGAUGACGACUAUGGUUUCAACCCUACAAAUGCGCCAAAUCUUAGGCAGCUUCAAAAUGAGAUUGAAGUCUGGGACGUAAGGAGAGUGAAUCGGGACUCUAGCCAACCAUUGGAAGACGGUGAAUCGGAAGCUGACAAAAGAAUAUCGGAAUAUGAGAAAACUAGCUUGAAACCCUACGUCGAGUAUUUCCAGAAAUUCGUCAACAAUCUUCUCAAAGAUGAAUUGAAGGAUUCCGGCAAAAGAGGUCGCGAUGAUGACACUUUGGAGUUUUGA